AUGGUUCAAUCUGAAACACCUGUUCAUAGUCAGACCAAUGCCGAAUUGCUCAACUAUACCCUUCCUGGUUUCUUGUUUAGAUGUGGCCAUACCAGAAUUAGGAGUUCACAUCUUGCUGUCACGAGUGGUCGUAACGAUAUCGCAACUCUUUUUUACUUAUCGACUCUAUGUGUUCUCCAACCACAACAUCCCAAUUACUAUUGUUUCGAUCGUACUCUCGCUAUAUCAUUUUGGUCUCUCAAUCAUGGUGUCAACCCAUUUCAUCCAAACUAAGAGAUACUCUGAGCUUUCAUUGCUAGUAAUCCUUUACUUGCUUUACUCCGGCGCGAUCGCUGGAGAUAUGUUCCUCACUGUCGCCCUCUACCUAUUCUUGAAGACUCAAAAGACACAGUUCACCAAAACUCGAUCUGUUAUAAAUGAAAUCAUUAUGCUCUCAUUUCAGACAAGUUUCUUCACCACUGCAUUGGCCGUGGUUUCUAUCGUCAUCUUGGGUCACGUUGGUCUCGGAAUCCUGUAUGCGCUCACUCUGCCUGCCGCCCAAUUGUAUCUCCUUUCUGUGGUUGUUACACUCAAUUCACGUUCUGGCUUUGCAAAAACGCUGGCAGCAAGUAGUGACAAGAGCUUCGCAGCCACUCGCCUCCCUGCGAACAAUAUCUUCAAUGCCACACCACUGGAAGGUGUUGGUGUACGGAUUGAUCGUGUCGUCUUUACCGACGUUGAAGCUGCUCCACCAGCGAAUACGUACUCAAAAUUCGCAAACGUUCGAGCGCCUGGCCCACCGAAAUCAAAUGAGAAAAUCUUUUCAUCAACGGAAGGCUCGCAAACUGCAGAAAAAUUGGAUGCUGAACCUCUCUAUCCUCCUUGCCAGCCCUCAAGUCCACUGAAACCGCGCUUUCUUUGAGCACAUAGUCUCAUACGCCUGAUGUCUGAUUUAGCUCGUUGACGUAGCUAGUGUGGGAUGUGUUAAACUGUACAUGGAUUCAUCCAAGCCCUUGAUACUCUGAUACCCCUUGCAUUCUUUCUCUCCGCUUCUUGUUUUUGGUCAAUCUUUUUGUUUUUUUGAACCUGAGAACUUUACUAUUUCUCGAUCAUUUGUCAAGCUCAUUUUUGGGUUCACCAGGUCUUUUGGACACGAGAAUAUACAUUCUCUUUUCAUUCAUUCGACUCGAUCGAUACUCACUCGUUAAAAUCAUUUGAAAUCUUCUGAUUGUUUUUUAUUUUUCAUUUUUUGUUGCUUUUGUGAAUGUGAUUGGAUUUUUUUUGUAUAGGCUGGAUGUAAUUAUGUUCCAUUCUCU